AUGGCUCAUGACAACGUUGCCGAUCUCGGCGUGGACGAUGAAGGGGUGGCAGAUGUACAUAGCAUAGCUCGAUCGACGAUUAGUCUUCGUAAGUCACUUCUUGAUCAUCGUAUCGAGAAUGGAAGGUCGUACCACAGAUAUAAAGAUGGCAAAUACAACCUCCCCAAUGACGAAAUGGAACUAGACAGGUUAGAUUUACAGCACCACUUGUGGCUUCUUUCUCUCGAUAACAGACUUGGUAUUGCCCCACCUUGCAUGGAGGGCGCCCAGGUCGGUCGGGUGCUUGAUGUCGGAACUGGGUCUGGCGUCUGGGUCCUUGACUUUGGUGACGAACACCCCGAGUCUGAGGUGUACGGUAUCGACCUGUCGCCAACUCUCCCCAUCUAUGUGCCUCCAAACGUCAAAUUUGAAGUCGACGAUGCUGAGGAAGAAUGGACUUGGUCGCGGCCCUUUUCCUACAUCCACAGCCGCGUGAUGACCUCCAGUAUUGGUGACUGGCCGCUCUAUAUACGCCGUUGUUUCGACAAUCUCGAACCUGGGGGAUGGAUCGAGCUACAAGAAUUCGAUCUCUUUCCGCGCUCAGACGAUGGCACUCUCACGCCUGAGCAUCCAUUGAUGAAGUGGUGCACCCUUCUCCUCGAGGCAUCGGAGAAGUUCGGUCGUCCCUACGUCAAAGUCCCGCUAUUGAGGGACCUCCUCAUAGAGGUUGGCUUUGUGGACGUAUCGCUAAGUCUAUGCAAGUGGCCUACCAACACUUGGCCGAAAGAGCCCAAAUAUAAGGAAAUUGGUAUCUGGCAUAGCCAAAAUGUUUCUAGCGGCCUUGAUGCCUUUACAAUGGCAGCUUUAACGCGUGCCCUGAAAUGGACACCUACUGAAGUCGAGGGAUUCCUCGUUGAUGUACAGGACAACAUUAAGGAUAAGAAAAUCCACGCAUGGUGGCCAGCAUACUGUAUUAUCGGACGCAAGCCAGAGCAGGUAGAAAACCCGGCUUCCCCUUUCUCUUGA